UGGAAUCAUACAAACAUGACGUACGAAGGUAAACUCAAGACCGAUUCAAACAUAGCAUGGCAUCGUCCGCAAUCGUCGCCAUUCCGCGUCGAGGAGGAAUUAAUCCAGAAGAGCGGACGAGCGCUCAGCACAACCACCGACUCUCUGGAGCGACUGCGUCUGCUGUGCCUGACACGCGGCGCGUCGGGAAUUAUGGAACUAGCCAGGAUUUUCCGAAGAAUGGACAAGGACGGAAGCAAACAACUUAACAAGGAAGAGUUUUUCAGGGGCAUCAAAGAAACUGGACUGGACAUAAGCCACGAGGAUGCAGAGAAUCUGUUCGCUCGGUUCGACCCAGACGACAGCGGUUCUAUUAGCGUGGACGAAUUCAUCAAAGAGAUUCGUCCUCCGAUGAAUGACGGCCGCCGUGCUAUAGUCGAGCGGGCGUUCAGGAAACUGGACAAAACUGGAGAUGGGGUCAUUGCCACAGAGGAUCUCCGUGGCGUUUACUCGAGCGAUGCAAACCCGAGGUACAAGAGCGGUGAAGAGACCGAAGAACUGCUCAUUGGAAAAUUCCUAGCUAACUUUGAGAGCGAGGGCACCGUUGAUGGCAAGGUAACACUUGAGGAGUUCAUGAACUACUACAGCGGCAUCAGCGUGUCCAUGGAGGACGACUGCUACUUCGAUCUUAUGAUGCGCCAGGCCUACAAGCUCUAGAGAUCAGGCUAGAAAGAAGCAUGGACCUGAAAUACCAUGGAC